UUGUAGACUGGGAUUUGUCGUACAAUCGCUCUCUCAGGAGAUGUAGGCUGGAACUCAGCUAUCCCCUUGAUAAAUUUAAUUUUUUAAUGACUUCUUAUUUGUUAACGAAGCGCACCUAUAUCCAUUUCGGCUGUCGCUUAAACGAGGAAAACUCCGACAGCACCGAACCACUACUAAUAAUCUCCACCCUUGAGUUCUAUCCCUCGGCCAGCUUUGUCUCUACCACUUUCAGCCCCCUAUUAUUAAUAUUUACCUAAAGUGAAUAUAAAG